UAGUGCAGGACUGGAUCCGUGAGUCGCAGCGACAACGGGGUUUUAUCUCCCUCCCUAAGGAAGGGACGAUGUUUCUGCAAAAGUUGCUCGUUUAUCUAACAGCACCAUGCAUGUUCUGCUAUAUUAUCGUUCUGAGCGUCUUCCUCAACAUUUUAAAAGCUCUCUCGCCGAACCUCGCCAGGAAGCUCAUCCUGAAAAUGGGAGAAAAGUUCACCAUGACCCAGAAUCCCAAGUUUACCUACGAGGAUUGGGGCCUGACUUAUGGAUCGCUUGCAUUUAUUAAGGUUGCCUCUACGACUAUGUGGCUUUCACUGGGACAAGAGGCUUUUGUUGGAGGAGAAGCUCCAGACUCACCUGUGAUCAGCAUGGAUGGGGAGAGAACCAGCAUCUUCAAGUACCUCAACGGCAACAGACCGCUGGUGUUGAGUUUUGGAAGCUGCACCUGACCCCCGUUUAUGUUCAAGCUUGACGAGUUCAAGCAGCUCGUCAGGGACUUCGGGGACGUGGCGGACUUUCUUGUGGUCUACGUCGCUGAGGCCCAUUCAACAGAUGGGUGGUCCUUUGGCAACAACUUUGACAUCAGUGAGCACCGGAGCCUGGAGGACAGGCUGUUUGCAGCACAGAUCCUGCUUCAGAAUGACCCUCUGUGUCCUGUGGUGGUGGAUGAGAUGAGUAAUGUCUCAGCCAUCAAGUAUGCCGCCCAACCUGAGAGGCUGUACGUGCUGCAGGCUGGAAAAGUCCUUUAUAAGGGCAAAAUGGGGCCUUGGGGCUACGAUCCUAUGGAGGUGCGGUCAGUCCUGCAGAAGAUGAAAUAAGUCAAACCUUUUCUCGGGAAAGCUGCAGUUGCCGAAAAUGCUUUGUUUGAUUGGACUCUGCCAAUCUGACUGUGUUAUUAACUCUUUAUUGGCCCUGAAUCAAAACACUGUUAUCUCUAUGUGAACUUGUGCCUCUAUGGCAUUUACCACUGAAUAACGACAGCUCCGUUGUCACCCCCAGGCUCUCCUGCUACUUUCAUAUACACGGUCUUAGCUCAACCUCAGCUCUGUGUUUCUUAAUGACGGCCGCAGAUGAAACCAUUGGGAUCUGUGAUCAGAUGAGGUGAAACACGGAAGCGGUCAGCUUGGAGUUUGUUUAUAAAGCUUGGUGGGAGGGAGCUGGUGUCUUAAAUUUAAGAUAUAAAUUACUAGAACUGCUCAUUCGUUUUCCAUUUCUUCAGUCGGUGUCAGUAACACCAGUAUAUUCUGUAAAAAUCAAAGAUGUAAGUCAAGAUUUAUCCACUCA